CCAGCACUUUCCUGUAGUAAAAGGCCCAAAACUGAACACAGGGCUCAAGAUGUGGCCUCAGCAGUGCGAAGUCCAGGGGACAAUCCCUGCCCUGGACCUGCUGGCCACACUGUUGCUAAUACAGGAUGCCAUUGGCCUUCUUGGACAAAUAUCUCUAUAGCUAAAAAUUAUUUUGUGUUUUUAAUUAUAGCUCUGAGAUGAUAAAAUUAUUUCCUAAAAAUCUGCUGUUCACCAAGUCCUUGCUGUGUAUUUGUGAGGCAAUAGAAGCUUUGGGCAAAAAGGUGGAUGCGUAGGUAGAAGGGAGUGACAGAAUGAAGCAGAAAUGGGUGUGAGGGCUGUAUAUGACUAAUUAAUGUGUGGAGAGAGAGAGAGCUGUCUAUGGAAAAAUGUCUUUAUGCAUAGGAUCUCUGUGUGUGGGGACACUUCCAUGUAGAAUAAGUGCAAUACUUGUAUUGGGAUCCAGUGUGUGGUAGCAGGACAACAUCUGCUGCACCAUUUGUUAAAGCUAUUUAAUAGUCUGCACAGUAGCAAAUGCUGUGUGUAUUCUUAAUGCUUUAUAGCCCUGAAUAAUUGAUCCAUUCUGUAUCUUACCAGAUCAAGCCACUGACACCACAUUAAAAAGAUCUAAAAUUUAGGAAACUUCUGGAAGUCCAGAGACAGAGAGCUUUAGCUCAACAUGCGUUGUAAAUUGUUGGUCUGAUAGACAGUUUGCUUUGGAAAAGUGUGCUACACUGAUUUUACAAAAAAAAAAAAAAAAAAAAAUAUAUAUAUAUAAAAGCUCUACUCUUCCCUUACAAAUGCUAUGUUAAUUUCACAUCAUGACAAUCACAAGAGAACUUGUUGGGGUUAAAUGAUACCAGCUAAGCAGCCAGACUGCUUCAAAGGUGAGGAUAAUUUAGUGCCUUGUUAACAGAGUCAUCAGAGAAUGUAAGUGCAGUACAUGCCAGCCUUGAUAAAGUUUGAUGUUGUCAUUCUGUUUGGUACAUCGGUAAGUUUCUAAACUGUUGAUAAAUUACUUCUCUCUUUUUCUGUCUCUAAGAUACUACGCAUAUCUUCAGCAAGCUCAAGCGUUUUACUCAUUUCCAUUCCAUCAGAUGAUGACUGCGGUGCCCAACAUGGAAAUGAUGACUGAGCAGCCGACUCUAGAGGGCAUUCCAGAGCCAAACAUUGCUCAGGAGCCUCCGAAAGGUAGCUUGACUGGGCUGUGCUAGUGAGCUGAAGUGAGAGUGAUUAACUGGGGGAAAAAUAUUGCUCUUAAACUGCUUCCUUGGACCUAUUGGAUUUCCUUUUCUUGAUGCUCACUGCAGAAGUAUUGAUUAAUUGUAUUUUUUAAGAAACGUGUUCUAACAGACAAUUAAAAAGACAGGAAGUAAACUCAUGUGAAUGUAUGCACAUUGUUCAGUCUCACAUGAUUAUCUUGUUCCACGAAAGGAAGAUUUUUUUUUUCAAUAAGUAAAUACAGUAUUUUAGCUGAAGUCAUAGGUUUUAAUAUUAGAGAAAGUUUUUUUUAAGAUUCUGGCUUCAAAAUACCUAAUUGUUUUAACUUUCUGCAAGAGAAGUACAGUAUAAUUUAUUUGGAAUAUUUCUGUUUGAAUGGUUGCUUAGUUUUUAUAGUAUUCACAUUUAGGGAACUGUUUAGUGUGGCUUAUUUAAACAAAUACUAACUGUUGGAAAGUGACACUGUUCUACAGCUCAACGUUAUUAAUGAACAUAGAGAGAGAGAGAGAGAGAGAGCAAUCUCUGGGUGGUCAUGUCAUGGCCAGUGCCUGUGCUGCUUGAAUCUCUAAACUUUUAAGAGCCAGAAGAUGAGGAAGCUUCAGGUGUGUUGCUUAAAUUAAUGAAUUUUAAAGAAGUUAAAAAAGGGGGAAGGAAAAGAAAAGCCAAAGCAACUGAGCCAAAGCAACCCAAAAAGCCUGCUGCUAAAAAAGAAAAACCAGCCAAGUCAAAAGGCAAACAAGAAAAGAUCACAGAUACUUUUAAAGUCAAAAGAAAAGUGGACCGUUUUAAUGGUGUAUCUGAAGCUGAACUUCUGACCAAGACUUUGCCUGAUAUUUUGACCUUUGAUCUGGACAUUGUGAUAAUUGGCAUAAACCCUGGCCUGAUGGCAGCUUACAAAGGACAUCAUUACCCGGGACCUGGAAACCAUUUUUGGAAAUGUCUGUUCAUGUCUGGUCUAAGUAAUGAACAGCUGAACCACAUGGAUGACCACACCUUGCCACAUAAAUAUGGGAUUGGAUUUACAAACAUGGUUGAAAGGACAACACCUGGAAGCAAAGACCUCUCCAGCAAAGAGUUUCGGGAAGGAGGGCGAAUUCUGAUGCAGAAGCUACAAAAGUAUAAACCUCGUAUAGCAGCUUUUAAUGGAAAAUGUAUUUAUGAAAUUUUUAGUAAAGAAGUUUUUGGAAUUAAAGUUAAGAACUUGGAAUUUGGGCUGCAGCCACACAAAGUGCCAGAUACAGAAACUCUCUGCUAUGUUAUGCCAUCGUCCAGUGCAAGAUGUGCUCAGUUUCCUCGGGCACAAGAUAAAGUUCAUUAUUACAUUAAGCUGAAAGACUUAAGGGAUCAACUGAAAGGCAUUGCACCCAACACGGAAAUCCAGGAGGUGCAGUACACCUUUGACUUGCAACUUGCACAAGAGGAUGCUAAAAAGAUGGCUGUCAAAGAAGAAAAGUAUGACCCAGGCUAUGAAGCAGCAUAUGGAGGAGCUUACUGUGACCGUGCGCCGUAUGACACUGACCAGUGCAGCUUGUCUUCAAAUGGAACUGGAAGCAAUCCUCAGUACUGCGAAGGGGCGUCCUUCGGCGAGGUUCCUAACGGACAGUGGAUGACACAGUCCUUUGCAGACCAGAUUCCAGAGUUCAAUGCUGCCAUGACACGGGAAGAGGAGGGGAGCAGCGUGUAGGAGCUGCUCCUUCUCAGUUAUGCACACAUGCUGCAGUUUUAAUGCAGUGAUCAAGAUUGGUACCUCAGUUCUCCAACUGAAGCAUCUGAAUAGUAUUUUAUCUCCCCUAGUUAUUUUAUUAUAGUCCUAAGUAAGUGUGUGGUAGGCUGAAAUCAAUGAACUUGGUAAUUUUAAGGAACCGUCCAAACUUUUAAAAAAAAAGUUAGCCCUUUUUUGUAUAUGAGUUUUAUAUUUAAUGUAUAUCAUUUCUUGCAGUUUUUGACAAAUUGCUUUCUCAUUUGUGAAGAUUUCUUUGGGGUGUUAAUUUUAUUCCAUAAAUGGCAAUGUGAUUGGAACAGCAGCAGUAUACUUUUUAUUGAUGCCUCAAUAUUUGGAUAUCUCUUAAUACUUUUAUAUCCAGAGCAGAAAAUGGAAAAUGUACCCUUACCUUGUGUGAAGCGAUGUUUUUAAUCAUGCACAGUUAGAAAAAUGGUGCUUUUUAAACCCGCCUUUCACUGUCUUAAAAAGUGUAGAAAGUUGUGUUCUGUUCUGCAGCUGUGAGUGCUGUCUUCUGGGUGGGAUGAGAGAGCUGUCCGUUCAGUGAGCGUAACAUAAUUGAGGAUAAAGAGAGUGAAGACAUCAUCUCACGUCACAACACUGGGGAGGAAAACUUGUGUCACACAGGACAGGGCCUAAAUAUUCUAGCUGAGCUCUCUUAGGAUAAGGUUUCUCUUCCCCUUCAUCUCUUUACCCCUUAAAUUCUAACAUAAGGAACUGGAAUUGCUUUUAAAAAAGGCAAAAACAAACAGCAGUGGUAGUUCUUGAAUUCUGUGGUAUUUAAACUCCAUCAUUUCAAUGAAGUUAGUCCCUUCACCUGACCUUUAGCAGGAGAUAACCCCUUUGAAUGAGAACUGAAAGACUGCAUUCUCUUUAAAAGUCACGUACAGCAAUGUUAUUUAUAUAAUGUCCAAUUAGCACAGGGUGAAAUAGAUUUGCAGUUUAGUAGUUUUUAACAUUAAGCUCUUUUUAAUGUGUAGUACCUUAGAGGGUGUUCCCUUUGUUCCACUUAAAAGUUAAAAACACUGAGUUGAAUACAGGGACAGGUGUUUUAUGAAUAAGAAGUUGUCUGUAGAAACUAUAACUCUCUUCUGAGGAACUUGCCUAAAUGAUACACAUUUUUGGCCAAUAUUAGUGACUGAGGAAAAAAAAUAAUUUCAUGCUGGUGCCUAAUCUUCUUUCCGUCUUUCAUCAUGUGAGGAAAAGAUGAAGUAAAAGCAAUAAGCUGAUCAAAACACUAAAGUUUUGAUGAUCUUAUGACAUUUGGUGCUUCACAUACUUGAAAACAGACACAAACAGUAUCUCCACACUCCAUGCUGCUCAGAGAUUCCUGUACCAGUGUGAUUUAUCCUCUCUUCACAGCUAGUGACAGUUGUCAGUUGUGUGUAACUGGUCAGUGUAGGUUCUAAUCCUGCUGUAACACCUCUUACGGAGAUCACACACUGUCAACUUGUUGUGAGGCAGGCGUGAUGUUUACAGUUUCUUCCCAAAUUAUGUGGCUUAAUUCUGAGAAUCUUCAACUGAGUGAGUGUGCAUUAUGAUUCUGAUUGUGUUUAUUAGCUGCAGCAUAAAGCUGUUCCACAUAUUGUCAGAAAGGUAUAGGACUUGUCUGUUAUUUAAAGUGUACUGUAUCAUGUAUUGCUGUUUACAUGUAUGUUUUUUCUGCAGGUGCUCAAAGUAUCUUGCAUCAGGGAUUUGUUACAAUUCAGUUUUAUUUUCAACAAAAUUAGAAGCAUGAAAUUAGCACUGCUGAGUAUGUAGCACAGUAGGAUGUUACUCCUGAAAGGCUAUCCUGUUUGAUUGGAAGGGAAAGGUCUCUUUCUUAAUGGAAUCACUCAUUUGGUUAUCUGAAUAUAAAAUAGAGUGGACUGCACAAUGACCAUUCCACUAAAAACUGCAAUUCUGUGUCCUCCCUCAAAACUGGUGCUCUUUUUGUUACAGUGAUACAGAAGUUCUUAAUCUGUCUUAAAUCUAUCAAUAUUUAACAAUAAAAUCAGGAAUUGUA